AUGCGGGAAUACGAGGAACUUGGUCACAUGACUAAUGUUAAGGAAACAUCGCAUGACUACUCUACGUUUUACAUGCCACACCACGGUGUACUUCGACCGGCCAGUGCAUCAACCAAGUUGCGCAUGGUCUUCGACGGUUCAUUGAAGUCAGACAGUGGAUUAUCGUUAAAUGACUGUCAAUAUCGAUCGUCCAUUGCAACGCAUACUUUGGCGAACAGACCCAAAAGAGGAGAUAAAGAUUUACGAAUUGAACACAUUAACUUACGGCACAUCAUCGGCAUCUUACUUAGCCAUUCGUUCGCUUAUGCAACUGAGUGUGAACAAUCCCUACCUGGCGUCGCCAGGAUCAUUCGUUCGGACUUUUAUGUCGAUGAUCUGUUGACUAGUUUCAAUGACAUUGAAAAAGCAAAGGCAGUUAUUCAAAAAUUGCGUGACAUGUUACUUUCAGACUGCCUGCCAUUAGCAAAAUGGGUUUCUAACGAACCUUCAAUCAUAUCAAAUGUUGUAGGUAAGGAAGAUAAGUUGUCUAUAAUCACGCUGGGUGAAAACAAUACGCACAAAACGCUAGGGCCGAAUUGGCGGAUAGAUAGCGAUCAUCUUACGUUUUCGAAAAACUUCUCUAAGCAGUUUAAGGUUACAAAUCGAAGCAUCCUUUCCGAAACUUCACAAAUAUACGAUCCUUUGGGUGUGUUGGCUCCAUGUAUAAUUCUGGCAAAAAUUAGUCUGCAAAAAUUGUGGUUAGCAAAAACCGAAUGGGAUGAGUCCUUGCUAUCAGGCAUUCAAUCACAAUGGCUUGAAUAUCGCAAUCAGUUAGCGUGCCUAAACAAUAUUAUAAUUCCUAGACAUUCUAUUUGCAGCAAUCCUGUGAGAAUUCAAAUCCACGGAUUUUCCGAUGCAUCGAAGGAUGCGUACGGAGGAUGUGUUUAUCUAAGAUCGCAAAAUGCAACAGAAUCUGUUCACGUUUCACUGCUAUGUGCCAAGUCGAGAGUCGCUCCCUUAAAGACAGAAACUAUACCUCGACUCGAAUUAUGCGGAGCAUUAACUGUCGCCCGCUUAGUUUCAAAGGUAAGCAGAUCCAUGAGCUGCAAAAUCGAUCAAAUCUUCUUAUGGACAGAUUCCACCAUUGUGUUGAAUUGGAUUCAAGGACAACCACAUACCCAACUAGUAUUUGUCGCUAAUCGAGUAUCUCAGGUACAACAGCUGGAUCUCGAUGCACAAUGGAGACACAUAUCGACCGAUCUAAACCCAGCAGAUUUACUGUCUAGAGGUAGCGUAGCUCCAUCGAAGUUGAGGAACUUGGAAAUUUGGUGGCAAGAGCCUAAGUUCUUACAGAGUCACGAAUCCGAAUGGCCUCAUGACGAGUAG